CCAUCAUUAGGACCUAGGGGUCAGAGCAGGUAUGAGGGGGUAGGGGGCAUGGCAGGUGUCACACAGGUCUGGGGGAGCAGCAAGGGCUCAGGAUGGACCAUGGGGUUCAGGGGGCUGAGAGAGCAACAAGCUCAAGGGCAGGUCAGAUCUAGCUUCGGGAUGGGGACAGGUUUGGGGAGCAUUGGGAGGGGUCACACAUAUCGGGAAGAAGCAGAGGGUCAGAGUCCCAUGUGUGGGGGCUGAGGGUGGUAGGCCACAAAGCGAUGUCAGAAGGCCUGGGGGUCAGGGCAGGCUGGGGGGCGCAGGAGGUAUGGAGGGUGGGUCACACAGGCCUGGGGCAUAAGAGAAUGUCCAGAUGGACUAUGGGUAGUGGAGGGAUGAGGGGGCAAGCACAAGGUGGGGGUCAAAUCCAGCCUUAGGUUGAGGUCAAGGCUGAGGGUUAGCAAGACCAGGGCAGGGGGUGAUAACAGGUGGUGGGGCAGCAAGGGUCAGGGUCCUAGGGAGGCCAGUGGGUGCUGGGGAGUGACAAGCACAAGGAGGGGGGUCAGAUCUCAGCAGGGCUCGGGGGUGGGGGCAAGGCAGUCCUAGGGACAUGUCUCCACCAGGGGAGCAGAGGUUGACCUACCCUCUGCCCCAGGAUGCCCCUGAGAGGAGGUGCAGGGCUGGGAACGCUGGAGGACAUCCGUCACCUCCCCUUUACUGCAUGACAUCGAGCGAUUUAUGACCGAACUGGAACUGACUGGUUUGGCAAAAGGGAUGCAGAGAGGAGCAGACACAGCAUCACGGCAAAACCGCUCCUGCGAGUGCUGGAUGAGGCACUUCUUCCUCCUUCUCCGUGCAUUGCCAGGGACUGCAAUGGCAGGUAUCACAAUGCCACCAGUAUUUCCAUGUAAGCCACCAGAAGAAACUUUUGCUGUCAUAGAAUUACAGAAUGGUUUGUGUUGGAAGGGACCCCAAAGCCCAUCACAUCCCACCUCCUACCAUGGGCAGAGACAUCUUCCACCAGACCUAGUUGCUCUAAGCCCCAUCCAACCUGGCCUUGGACACUUUCAGGGAUGGGGCAACCAGCCACAACCUCUGUCAUUUCCCAAUGGUUGUUUGCUCACUGUCAUUUUCACUGAAAUCACAGACCAAUGCCCCUCUUCUCCUUCCUUCUGGCAGGACCAAAUUCCCAGGGAGAACCUCCUGAAGAAUCCACUGCAGCCAGGAAUGUUUUCCAAGACAUCCCUUGAGGACUGGGGCACAUCCACUUCAGAACAUUCUGGAAAGGCAGCCCUUGUGUUUUGCAGUCCAAGGGCUCUGCUCCUGGAUGUCCAGCAGCUCAUCCUCUGCUGUAGUCAUAUCCUUCCUGACGCUCAUCUGCUGCACACUGAACUAUGGUCCUCUCCACCUUCAUCCUCUGAGAAACAGCUCAGAGCAACACUUCCAGAUGAAGUUUCCUUUCCAAGAUGCCAAAAUUGCACCUCACACCAGACAUGGCAGCUGGUCCCUUUGUGGCACAGAGAGGGAAGGAAUCAACAAGUUUCAACUGUAUUUCUGGCUGUAAGCAGGAAUUUCAGAGCAGCCUUUAAGGAUUCCACUUGCUGUCAGCAGAGUAGAGGACACAGCUCUGAAAGGGGAUGCACUGCACUGCACAGCCCAGCCUGGUACAACACUUCCAACUGUGCUGUGCCAGAGCAUCUGAGAUUGGGCUCCCUGGAACAGCAAAGAUCUCUCAGGAAAGGUUUGCUCUUCGAAGUGGCUGGAAUGUGGAAACAGUUCAUCACUUCCUACAGGAAAUUUUUUGAUCCAAUUAAAAAUUCUAAUGUCAACUUCCACAACACUACUUCUAAAAGCUUAUAAAGCCUCAAAACUAAAGGUUUUGAGGUGUAAGGUUAGAAAUCAAGACUCUGUUGAACUCAAUUUGAUUUCCCCAUUGUAUUACAGUUAGGGAGCAAUUCCUGUGUGUUUCAUGUUCUGGCCCAGCAAGAGAAAAGACUAUUUGGGCCUCCAAGAAUUCUCAUGCAGGAAAACUCCUCUUUCCAACCCACACUUGGAGUGAUGCAUGAAACUAUUCUGUUUUCUUUAACUUUUUCAGAGGCCCUGAGCUCUGGUCCCCAUCCUCCCUUCAGAGGAGCUGGUUAUGAGCAACAGAGUAUGUACAUGGCUGACCAAAUAUCUCAUCCAUGGGGACAAGCCAGCUCUCCUCCACCAUCAGCUCUGCCAAAUUGCUCCUGUGCACAUCCUGCUCUCCAGCAUUAAUGCCUCUGAUUGCAUUGCUGUGGUAGCUCUCUUCUUAUCUCAGCCUCCUCAGAUGUCAGUAAUAUCCCUAGUACACAGCACUUGUAUCAUGUUUUGAAGAACAACUCCACUGCCACAGCCAUUUUCUUUGUCCCUGGAUUUGACUGGAGCAUGGAGCUCCCCUCCACAGGCACAGGACACUCAACAAAACAGCAGCAAGUUUUGCUUGCACCCUGCCUUCACACCAUAGCCUCUCUGCUAACCCACAGGUUAGAUUAGACCAAAAUUGGGUAAGAUUUUUUUAGAGAUUUUAACAGAGCAGAUAACAAGUUCCUUCUGCCUUCAAUUUUGAAAAGAUAAAAUGUCAGAAGUCAAGAUACUGAUCUUUUUAAUGUGUUUUUGGUGACUUUUCUUUGUCUCUGCUUUCCAGGCUUGUGGAAUACCCUAACUGCAUUUUCCCAAGCAUUUCUGUACUGCCACAAGGUCUGGAAAUCUACUGAUAUAAGGUACACAAAAGAAGAGCUGAGAUUCCUCAGCUUAUUAUAAUCAGUGAUAUUAUUAAUAUCAGUGAUAUUUUGACACAGGCAGCUGAGGACUGGAGAAAAACAACAAAUAGCCUGAACCUUUAAAAGAUAAAAGUUGGCAUGAGUGAUCUCAAAUCCAAACAUUUUACAACAAUGGGGGGAAAAAAACCCCAACCAAAACCCACAAGAAGAAUACAACACUCAACAGGCUUUUUAAGAUUUUAGCACCAGGGGAUGAUGUCAGCUCCAGGCAUUACAUCCUGAAGAGGUCAACCCUUGUCUGCAAAAAAGGUUCUGUUAGACCUAAUGAGGCACAAGCUGCCAGUGAAGAUUUUUCUAAGCUUGGGGCACUGAAAACAUGUCACCCUUGUGCAGAUUCUUGCCUAUUAAGGGUAGGGUUUCUGCCACACUAAGAAGUUAGUGUCUUUCCUCAUUUUCCUUAGGGAGAAAACUGGUAUUUGAGUACCUCAAAGAUAACAUGUCAUUGCCUGACUCCUUCAUGAGGCCAUUCCGAGAGCCUCCACCCUCCCACACAAUGGAGUUUAUCUCUGAAGUUGUUCCUGCCCCUCCCUCUGUCUACACCUUCAGGUAUCCCACUAGGGAGGCUUUGAUACCCAAACCCAGUAGGAAAGCAUCCAAGUCUCUCAGCCUGCAAAGAAGCAUCAAGCCAUGUGCAGCCUCAGAGCCCUGAUCCAAGACAACACGUGUCCUGCUGCUGGAGGAGGAAGGCAGCUGUGUGCAGGCACCUGGAAUUGUGCAGCCACCUGCAACGGUCCAGCCGAGGGAACGAAAUCUCACAAGUAGGAAAGGAACACCUCUGCGAUCCCAAAGCACACAGUACUGGAAACAUCUGCUAGUUCUGCAAGCACAUGAACCAAUGUGAUUCUCCUGGAAGUGCCAGCAAAUCCUUCCCUGCCCUCACUCACUCUUGGAUUCCCAGAAUACCUGGUUUGUCACUUGCUUGUCUUUCUCCUGCAUAAAAUGGGCAUAACUGUGGGAAGAGAUGGGAUGGAGUUGAGCUGCAGGCUGUGGCAUGCACUUGCAGAAGCACAUCGGAGCACAAAGAAGCACAUGGCAGCAGAGUGGCUUGUCUCUACCUGAUCUUGGGGACAGCAGGUGCCACGUGGCAGAGCCCUGCAGAGAGGAGCCUGCCCAAAGCUGACAGACAGGUGAACAGUGAGUGAUCCCAGAGAAGGAUAUGAAGAAAACGUAUUGCUGAUGUGUGAGGUGUGAUAGUGAGAAUUAACAUGUAAGGAAAUACUGUGCCUUGAAAAUGUGUAUAAAACCAGCUUGUUUCUUUGAAUAAACAAUUCAGAUUCCCUGCCGGAC